CCAGCCAUCCGGUUUUGGGGAAGGAGACGGUCGCCGAAGAUUGCUCACACAUCGUUCUCGGCAACUAGAGCGACAUGAGGUGUACCGGUGCCAUCUGCUCCUUAGUUUUACUGCUGACAUGCGCCGGUGCGGAGUUCCAAUGCCCGAGCAACAACGGCUAUUUCCCGGAUCCGGAGCAGUGCGACAUGUACUACGAGUGCCGCCGGGGAGUGGCUACGCCAAAGCUAUGCGCGGACGGCAUGGCCUUUCAUGACGGCAACCCUCUGUACGCACGAUGCGACUUCCUUGGAUCCGUGGACUGCUCACGGAGACCAUACCUGCAGAAUGCCAAGUCUACACACAAGUGUCCCCGCGCCAAUGGCUUCUUCCCGCAUGAGGAUUACCCGCGUGUUUGCCAAGAGUUCUACAGCUGCAACAACGGUGUGGCAUCCAAGCUCUCCUGCCAGAAGGGACUUGCGUUCAGCAUAAAGCAUGAAGGCUGUGAGUGGGCUGCCAGGGUUCCUGGCUGUGAGCAUGAGGCUGCAGAGGUAGCGCAAAAGCCAUCCGAGGACCAGGCCCAUUCAGAAGAAGAAACGUGAAAAGGCUCGGCGGAUGAACCUGUUUCGAGUGUUACUUUUUGUGCUUGUAGU